AUGACGAACCAAGACGGCGCAACCAACAAUGAGCUGAUGCUCGCUACCUGCAGAAACGAUCAGGAGGACACUUUGGAGGAAAUCCUAAAUGACGGCAGCUGCGAUCCUAACUUUGUGGAUGGUGCCGGUAACACAGCCGCUCAUUAUGCUGCCAAAGCGGGUUCCAUUGGCUGUCUCGAGCUGCUUGUCAACUUGGAUGACAUUGACCUCAAUGUCAAGAACCGACUUGAAGGCGACACACCGUUGCACAAGGCUGUCCAAUACCAAGAUGAGGACCUUCCAAUGGCCAUUGCUAUGGUCGAGAUUCUUUUGGAGGGAGGUGCUGACCCAAGCAUCGAGAAUCGUAACAAGCUCACUCCCAUCCUUUUGGUGAAUCCAAAGAAUACCGAGUUGAAGGAAAUGUUAGAGCAAGGCACUGCUGCAUUCCAAAUGGACGAUUCUGAUAUUGCAGACGACGAUGCCCAUGAUGAUGAUGGCGAUUCGGAUGACCAGCCAAGCGACUAG